AGCCCCAGAUUAGUGCGCACGCGCGCUCUGGAAGGUUCCUUCCUCACGUGUGGGACAUUUGGGGUGACACAUACCGGCUCAGUGUGACGGAUCCACGGGCUCCUGUUCCACGCAGACACUCACACACACACGCCGCAGACAACGACGAGAAAAAUGGCCUUCAGAAAAUUCCUGCCUCUGUUCGACCGUGUGCUGGUGGAGCGUCUCACAGCAGAGACGGUGACCAAGGGCGGCAUCAUGCUGCCAGAGAAAGCUCAGGGCAAAGUGCUGGAGGCCACUGUGAAGGCAGUGGGACCCGGCUCCUUCAACCAGGAUUUCUACAACUGGCCGGAUGAAUCAUUUGAGGAGAUGGACAGCACCCUGGCUGUCCAACAGUACAUCCAGCAGAACAUUAGAUCAGAUUGCUCCAAUAUCGACAAAAUCCUGGAACCUCCGGAGGGCCAGGAUGAGGGCGUGUGGAAGUAUGAGCACCUCAGGCAGUUCUGUCUGGAGCUCAAUGGACUCGCUGUAAAACUGCAGAGCGAGUGUCAUCCAGACACCUGCACCCAGAUGACGGCCACAGAGCAGUGGAUCUUUUUAUGUGCCGCCCACAAGACGCCCAAAGAGUGUCCUGCCAUUGAUUACACCAGGCACACGCUGGACGGAGCUGCCUGUCUUCUCAAUAGCAACAAAUAUUUCCCCAGCAGGGUGAGCAUCAAAGAGUCAUCGGUGGCCAAACUUGGCUCCGUCUGUCGUCGCAUCUAUAGGAUAUUCUCUCACGCCUACUUCCACCACCGCCAGAUAUUUGACAAGUAUGAGAAUGAGACGUUCCUGUGUCACCGGUUCACGCGCUUCGUCAUGAAGUACAACCUGAUGUCCAAGGACAACCUGAUCGUCCCCAUCCUGGAGGAGGAAGUGCAGAACACCUCAUCAGCCGGAGAGAGCGAAGCCUGAGACGAAGACCUGAGACUCAGCUGCUGCUGCUGCCACCAUGAGGGAGACGCGUGUAAACACACACUCACACAUACACACACACACACACACUCACAUACAGUAUAUAUAAAUAUAUAUAUUCACACAGUGUACACACUACAGUGUGUUAAGGCUCCUGUCUCGUAACACUGUCCAUGUCCCUCCUCGUCAACCUGUGUCCAUCUUUGAAAAAGGAAGUGAGGGGAAAAAGAAAACCAGUAGCAGAGUUCAGGCAUAUGUGGAGGACAAGAGAGUCACGCCAUGUCUCCAUCUGUGACUCUGUCCGUACAGAUUCACACCACGUCUCUUUCUGUACAGAUUCACACCACGGCUCUGUCUGUACAGAUUCACACCGUGUGUCUCUGUCCGUACAGAUUCACACCGUGUGUCUCUGUCCGUACAGAUUCACACUCAGUGUCUCUGUCCGUACAGAUUCCCACUCAGUGUCUCUGUCCGUACAGAUUCACAUUCAGUGUCUCUGUCCGUACAGAUUCACACUCAGUGUCUCUGUCCGUACAGAUUCACACCGUGUGUCUCUGUCCGUACAGAUUCACACCACGUCUCUGUCCGUACAGAUUCACACCACGUCUCUGUCCGUACAGAUUCACACCGUGUGUCUCUGUCAGUACAGAUUCACACCGUGUGUCUCUGUCAGUACAGAUUCACACCGAGUCUCUGUCCGUACAGAUUCACAGCGUGUGUCUCUGUCCGUACAGAUUCACACCGAGUCUCUGUCCGUACAGAUUCAAACUCGGUGUCUCUGUCCUUACAGAUUCACACCGUGUGUCUCUGUCCGUACAGAUUCACACCGAGUCUCUGUCCGUACAGAUUCACACUCAGUGUCUCUGUCCGUACAGAUUCACACCACGUCUCUGUCCGUACAGAUUCACACUCAGUGUCUCUGUCAGUACAGAUUCACAGCGUGUGUCUCUGUCCGUACAGAUUCACACCUCACUGUCCCAUUAUGAAUCAAAGUCUCAGGUGUGGACGUUCUCUAGACACAGACAUGUAUCGCUCACGUACGACAAACUCAGCGAGACAUUGUCCUCGGGUCAAACGGAGGACAGUCUCCAGGAUGUGUCCAUCUUUCGUGACCUCACUCGGGCACCAUCCGGAGCGUCUUUUGUGGACAUUUGUGACAAUCUCCAGAGAGAAUGUCCAGACCUGAGAUUUGACGGUGUGUCUCUGGAAGGUGGACACUCGGCUCUGCUCUCACACUACUCCUUUAGGGAACAGUUUUUACUUCUUCUUCUUUAAGCAGCUGGAUUUGCAACAACAAAACAAAAGAACAAGCCUACGUAACCAUAGAGACCUGUAUUAUUGACAAAGGCACACACUGACAGCCUCGCCCUCUGUAUAUAAGCCCCGCCCCCUGUCACUUUUAAAUCACUGUCCUGUUUUUUUUCUGACGUUCCACUCAUUUUUUGUGUGUCUGCUUCUGUUCUGUUAUUUUUUUUAUAUUUUUUUUUAAAGAAAAGGGGUGGUCCCAUUCAACGGAUCUCUAAAUUAGCCCGCUGACGUCAUUAUGCUAAUUAAUUACGAUGUUCGUGCGAUGUGUGGCUCAUGUGGUAGUGAACAAAGAAAAAGAAAGAAAAAAAACAAAAACACGUACUCUCUAGCUUUGUACAUGUGCUAGCAGUCAGACGUUGGCUAACUCUGGUCCCCGCGCUGUGACACGCCCCUAUUUUUAGUUCCGUGGCAUUAAAAAAAAAAAAGCAGCGACCGCCACGUUUCACCGCUUUAAUCAUUAGACGUAAAAACACCUCAAAGGAAGGACUGAAUAUCGGCUAAGUGUCGGCGCACAACCUCACGUCGUUUCCCCCUCAUUAAGUUAUUUUGUGGGAGGAGUCUUCUCAGUCCAACCCACUUCUUCUUCUCUUCUUUUUUUGUUUUUAAAUGGACUAAAAAAUUUUGUUACUGUUGACAUUUACAUGAUGUCUGUUAAUAAAAAAAAAAAAGACCUAUUAUUCA